CCGGUACUUCUAUAUCUUCCAGCGAAUCACUCUCCCAUACUUGCAUUUUCCAUCGAUUUGCAAUCCACAAUGGAAACCAACCAUGGUCUGGUAUCCUCACCCUCACGUGCCGCGCUCCACAUGAUCCAGUGGUCCAUAAAAAAAUUCUUCGCUGAACAUUCAACUCCAACCAUGCUUCCCUCCAUCUACAGAAGGUCGCCGGCCUAUAUAAAGAGAGGGCUCACUACCUCUACUGCCACCCUCCAAAAUAUCGCCAAAGGCUCCCAAAAAUCCAAGAAGUUUCUCACUCCAGAAGAGCUUACCCAAGCUAAACAAUCCGAACAAGUUGAGGAGGCCAUAUAUCAAGAAGGGUUAUUGAACGGAGAAUUCAAGUAUGUUCCAAGAUACUUGAGUGCCAACAAGGUGGACCCUGUGACUUCCAGACCUGUGCCUAUAAAUGUCGAGCUCCUCAAGUACAAGCCAAUAACUCUCCCUCAAACACACGGACACCAAGUCGCCAAGCUCGACUUGAAAGGUUACGACGAAGAUAACUUGAUCCGUGCAUCCGAGUUCGCUGCUAGAGCAGCCUACUACUUGGGCAUCCCCACCUCCAAGGUUACUACCAAAAAGACUGAGAAGAGGUUAUAUACCGUCAUCAAAUCCCCAUUCGCUCAAGCCAAAACCAAACAAAAUUUCCAUAGAGUCACUUACCACCGAGAAAUCGUGGCCUACGAUGCCAACCCGGAAGUUGUUGAUUUGUGGUUGUCUCUCAUCAACAAACACGCCUUGAGAGACGUCGACUACAAGGGUACCGUGACCACAUACGAAGCAUUGGACUUCAACCAACAAUUGGACCAAUUGACCGAAAAGGAAGUCAAGUUACCAGAAGCAUACGACGACGUCAACGAUCCAAUCGCUGCCAAGGUCCAAGAAUUGUUGAAGAGUGAUACUUUCAAGAAAUUCCUUAAGGAAUAGUGUAUAUAGACUUCAUAAAUGAAUGUAUAAAGUAAUCUGAUAGAGG